AUGCCAGAACGAGUCGAUAACGACAACGUCGACGAGCACGAGGACGAUGACAACGACGACCAAAAUGACAAUGCAGCAACGCCAAAGCCUGCCGCUGAUGCUGCCACGUCCACGACGGCCGCUUCCACUUCAAAACGCACUGGCGCACCGGCGCCGCAGCUUGGUACGCUCUAUCAGAAUACAAAGAUGAAACAUCUAAAGAAAGAGGACGGUAUCCCUUUAUGGAGGAAAGAUAUGCAAUAUGACUUCCUUCGCCACGUCCUACGCGACCAAACGAAGUGCUUCACAAAGUAUAGCGAGCAGACCUCAAACCACACCUUCGCGGAAGUCUAUAUCGAUGCUAUGGCAAAGAGCAGCAAAUGUAGCAAAAUCCUGAAGGACAAAUUGUUGACAGACCCCGAGAGCGCUAUCACGAUGGCUAUGGUAUGCCUGUUAGUCAACAUCGGUCGGAUGAACACCACGCUCAACUUUUUCCCAGAGAUGCGCGCUCAGCUACGUACCUACCAUCCUAUCCCAGCACUCCAAGCACACCAAGAUUCCUCGACCUACAAACAGUUGCAGGAUGCGCCGCGUCUCAAAUCCAUUCUUAAGGGCGCAACAGAGGAUACGCGUCAGCCGAGCACAAUUGAGGACAUCAGGAACGCCGCGAAACCACGGACAAACGCCGUGAACCUCAUCUUUGUCAUGCACCAAUACUUUCCCAAGGUCACUGAGCUCCACUUCCCAGAGGACCAGGAGUUCUUCGAUCUUGUUAUGGGAACAAACAUGGGCAGUGAGACGAGAGCAAAAGCUUUCUUGUGGCUCAUGUGGUGGUACCUUGAGAGCGACUUCAGCUACGAGGACAGUCAACGCAAUCCUUUUGGACCCGGUGAAGUCAGCGAACAAGACAGGGACACCGACCCGCUACCGGCUAAAGUUCCGAAAAUUGCGAUUCUGACCGAGGAAGAAGAGGAAGCAGAGAACGUCGACCCGCCUUCUGAAUUGAAAUUUGGCGAGGAUAAGCGGAGAGAGCGAAUCGCGAUCCUCGCGAGCGAGCCGAGUCCAGCUAUGAUAGCCCUGAAGCGCGCACGCAAAGAAAAGGGGCACAGUUCGACUCCAGGUCUAUCGCAUGGUGAUGAUGGUGGCAGCGAGACAGGAUGGGCCGAGUAUUCCAGUAAAUUGAAUCGCCGAUUAUCGGGAAGAAAUUUGGAGACCGGAAGUGAAAUGACGCGGUCACCUUCGCCAGGACGCAGCUAUCAUGAUGACGCCGGCUUGGAUCAAUCUCUCCAUCUCACGACUCCUAGUGCACACUCCGGCAAGAAAGGACCCGGAAGAGGAAAUUGGCGACGCAAAAAGGGCGACCUUAAUGCUACUAGCAGAGCGUUCACGGACUCUUCACACCAGAAGCCCCUAUUGCCCAGCACGAGUCACUUGAGCUUUAUGCACGACGGCUCAUUUGAAGGAUGGGGCGACACACCACUGAGUGAGAGACAUGGCGGCUCACAGUUCGGUAUCGGCAGCGGCAAGAACGACCACGUUCCGACACCUUCAUUUCAAUCGACAAAACGGAAUCGAGGCAUGACGCAGCAUCAGUCGGCUGUAGUCAAUCACCGCAAGCAGCAAAUUGAUUACUCGCUCGACCGCCGUAUUCGAAAGGCGCACGAGCGCGCAAGGGACAAAAGGGAGCAAGAAAGUGCCGUCAUACGAGCAUGGAAGCGAAUCCGGUCCAUGCCUCCCGACUACGACUCCGAGGAAGAGGCCAUAAGAAUCCGAAGGGCUCGAGAGCGUUCAGAGAAAGACACGGACGAAUGGCGAACCACGAAUCAUCUCACGAAGGAUGGCGAAGAUUUCUUUGACAACGUAGAUUUGUGGCGCCGACCACGAAUGCUCUUCGCCGGGUUCGUGCGUAUCAACGGAGAGGUCAGCGACGUAGGGGAAGAGUCUAAGAGCCUCGCAAACUCGCUGCGUCGGGCGUCGCGACGACUAGAGCGAUGGCAGGACACUCCUCUACCCGGCGACGUGGUCCUUCGUCGCAUGCAAAUCGAGGCCCAAGGCGGAUUCGAAAAACCUCGCCCACGAAUUAGUUUGUCUCCCGUUGAAAAUGUAGCCGAAAUCGAAGAGCCUGAAAGCACGCUUGGCAAUGGCCCGGUGCGAGGUAGCGCUGUGCGCGGUGGACGACGACGAGCAGGAACCUCGCGAGCUAAGGGCCGACGCGAGACCAAUCAAAAUGUUCAGCAAGAGAUCAAAGCAGAUCCCGAGCCCGCACCAGACGAAGAUGACGGUGCAGCGGAGCUCGAUGAGGAAGAUCGAGAGAUACUUGGAGAAGUCGACGCUGACGAGAGCGAGGAUGACAAUGAAGACGAAAAUAUGGACGAUUGA